AUGUCUGAAGAAGUAGCCCUCGUUAUUGACAAUGGUUCUGGAAUGUGUAAAGCUGGUUUUUCUGGUGAUGAUGCUCCUCGUGUAGUGUUUCCUUCUAUCAUCGGUCAACCAAAACACUUGUCAGAAAUGUCCGAAUUCUACGUUGGAGAUGAAGCUCAAUCAAAACGAGGUCUAUUAAAUUUGAGAAAUCCAAUCAAUCAAGGAAUUGUCAAUAAUUGGGAUGAUAUGGAAAGGAUUUGGUUUCAUACUUUUUACAAUGAAUUGAGAGUUGCUCCUGAGGAAUAUCCAAUAUUGAUGAGUGAAGUUUCGUUGAAUCUCAAGACAAAUAGAGAAAUGAUGUCACAAAUCAUGUUUGAAAAAUUUUGUGUGCCAGCUCUGUAUGUUGCUAAUAGAGCUGUCUUGGCAUUGUACGCUUCUGGAAAAAGUACUGGAAUGAUUGUGAAUUCUGGAGAUUCUGUCAUGCUCUGCCAUGCCAUUUUGAAAAUGGAUUUAGGUGGUCGAGAUUUAACAAAUUAUUUAAUGAAAAUGUUGACAGAAAGAGGAUACACUUUCACUAACACUGCUGAAAGAGAAAUAGUUAGAGAUCGUAAAGAAAAGCUCUGUUACCUUGCUCUAGAUUUUCAAGAGGAAAUGAAUUCGGUUGUAAGAGAAGAACCAACCAUUGAUAGAAAAUUGUAUGAUAUACCAGAGGGUAAUGUUGUCACUCUUGGGAAUGAAAGAUUCAGAUGUCCAGAGAUUUUAUUCCAUCCAAAUAUGAUUGAUGUGGAAUCUAAAGUUGGAAUUCAUGAAAUGACUUUCAAUUCAAUUGGACAAUGUGAUCCUGAUAUAAGAAAGGAAUUGUUUGGAAAUAUUUUCUUAUCUGGUGGCAAUACCAUGUUUGAGGGAAUUACUGACAGAAUGAGUAAGGAAUUAACUGCUCUCGCUCCAGAAUCCUUCAAUAUUAAGGUGACUGCUCCACCUGAGAGAAAAUACUCAACUUGGAUUGGUGGUUCAAUGCUUGCACUCAGUUCCACUUUUAAAGAUAAUUGGAUGACAAGGGAGGAUUAUGAAGAGGUUGGACCAGCCAUCAUACACAGAAAGUGUUUUUAA